AUGGUAAAAAAGAGCAUCGACGCAAAAGUGCGUCCCCUCGCCAACCCAGCCCUCGAAAAGGCGAGCCUCCUCGGCGCUGCCCGUCUCUACGUCAGCAAGGAAUCCCUCAUCGCCCUGACCAACGGCCUGGAAAACGGCAAGCCAUGCGUCGUUGAGAAACUCGAUGAACAGCAGGACGUGACCAGGCGAGAGGCGUCGCUAUGGAUUCUGCCCGAGAAGAAUCUCAGUCCGAAUGUGGUCAUGAUGACGAGGUCGUUCCAGGAGGCAACGGGGUUCAAGAUUGGCGACCAGGUGCGGAUAUCGUUGCUGGAGAGCAUGCCGGAUGUGGAGGAGGUGGUUGUGAGGGAUGUUAGUGAAGAGGUGGUCAAGGAGGAGAGCGCGAAACACCCGGCCUCGUGGGAGUUUUCGCUCAGUCUGUCCAUGGAGCGCGCGGACUUGAUAUUUCCGGGGAUGGUGUUUGAAGGUGUCAACAUUAACAAACUGCGAAGGUCAUUCAAGGUUAUAUCGGUAAACUCGCACACCAACAACAUUGCCAAGUUUAGACUAUCAUCAUCAACAGUACGCAUCCUUUCCGACGAGGAAGACGCAUCUGCUGCUGAAGCAGAGGCAUUCUCAGGCGGCGAACUGGUUGUCACCGGUGUGCCUGGGCUCACCGCGCAAGUCAGCACCAUCAACCGAUUCCUCAAAGGCUUCACCCGGCCGUUCUGGGUCAAAGAUGAGCGCGAAUCAUGUGGCUUCGCAAUCCACGGUGGCCAUGGAACAGGCAAGACGUUUAUCCUACAAAAGGUCGCAGACUCACGAUGGGGCAGACCAUUCUGGAUCAAACCCUCCGACAAGCUGUCCACCAUUCGAGAGACUUUCAAGCAAGCACACGCCCUCCAGCCAAGUAUGAUUCUCAUAGACGGGCUAGAAGACCUCAUCGCAAAGGAGAGAUCCAACCGCGAUGCCGUCGUAGACGCGAUCGGCGAAGAACUGGACGCCUUAUCCGCAGAAGCCAAAGCCAACAACUCCCUCCCUCAGCUAGUUGUCAUCACCACAUGUCUAGACUACAUGACGGACGUGCCUGCAAAACUUCAAAAACGGUCCCGAUUCCGAGAGAAUAUUGCUCUCCCCAUCCCCAGAGCCUCGGAACGUCUUGAGAUUCUCAACUUCUUCGAUCCCCCCAUUCAACCCGCCGAGAAGAAGGAGUGUCUGGACAGCGUGGCGCAAAAGACGCACGCUUACAACGGCGACGACCUGGCCAACCUGGUGCUGAAUGCAAAGAAGAUUCUGGGCAACCGACUCGACGAGCAAGGUGUCGAUGCGUCCACCGCAGGAGAGCAAUUCCUCUCCAAGGAGGACAUGGAGCAGGCAUUGAGAAUCACCCGACCUACCGCCAUGCACGACAUCAACCUGAAGCCCCCUACAAUUCACUGGCAAGACGUAGGCGGCCAAGAAAGCCUCAAGAAAGUCCUCACACGCAUGAUCAAAAACACAAAGAACACCAACCCUUCCAGCCGCCAUGUCCUCCGCAACCCUCCCAAGGGCCUCCUCCUCUACGGCCCGCCCGGCUGCUCCAAAACCCUCUCCGCGCAAGCCAUGGCCACCGAAUCCGGCUUCAACUUCUUCGCCGUAAAGGGCGCCGAACUCCUCAACAUGUACGUCGGCGAAUCCGAGCGCGCCGUCCGCACGCUCUUCGAACGAGCACGCGCCGCCUCCCCAUCAAUCAUCUUCUUCGACGAGAUCGACUCCAUCGGCGGACAGAGGGGACCCGGCUCCAACUCCUCAGGGUCAUCCCGCUCCACCGGCGCAGUCAACAUGCUCACCACGCUGCUCACCGAGAUGGAUGGCUUCGAGUCCCUCACGGGCGUGUUAGUCCUCGCUGCUACGAACCGCCCCGAGGCGAUGGACCCGGCACUCAUGCGGCCCGGCCGCUUCGAUCAGGUCCUGUACGUGGGACCGCCGGACCAGGCUGCCCGCGAGGCAGUCUUCAACGUCCAUUUGAAGGGGUUGGCUGUGGCAGAGGACGUGGAUGUGAAGGAGGUGGCGAGGCUGGCGGACGGGUAUUCUGGUGCGGAGAUUAAGGCGAUUUGUAAUGAGGCUGGGUUGGCGGUGCUGGAUCGGUUUGAUGAUGAUGAGACGGGCACGGCGAAGUUGGAGAUAGGGAUGGAUGAUUUGGUGGCGGCGAUGGAGAGGACGCCUAGGAAUAUUACGAGUUUCAUGAUUAAUGGGUAUGAGAGUUGGUCGAGACAGUUUAGACGGAAGUAG